GACAACCUCCGAAGCGUUGCUUUAGAUUUGUUUUCCCGCACAACGAGCUUUGUGCCUUUUUAGGAAAAGUAAAGGUGGUAAAAGCGUCAAACAAAUUGUAUCCAAAUGGCCACAGAAAUCGACUUUCUGCGAGAUCAGAAUCAAAGGCUAAAUGAAGUUCUUAGACGGUAUCAAAUGGAAAAUUUUUUCAAAUAUUCAUCAGUACAGAAAUCUGUCUUCAAAGGAGUUGCAGGUGACACAGUAGAAAACUCAGUAGUUGACCAAAGCUUUUUAGUUCCUCUUAUUACUGAGUAUGAUAAGCAUCUGGAAGAGCUAAAUGGGCAGCUGAAAUAUUAUCAGAAACAGAUGGGUGAGAUGAAACUACAACUUGAAAAUGUCAUCAAGGAAAAUGAAAGGUUGCACAGUGAAUUAAAAGAUGCUGUUGAAAAGCAAUUGGAAGCCAUUCCCUUUGGCACAGAGAUGGGAAAUGAGAUAUGUACAGAUGAUGAAACAGUCAGGAAUCUUCAAGAACAGCUACAACUGGCCAAUCAAGAAAAAACUCAGGCUGUAGAACUCUGGCAGACUGUUUCUCAGGAGCUGGACAGACUACAGAAACUUUACCAGGAACAUAUGACUGAGGCCCAGAUUCAUGUAGUUGAAAGUCAAAAACAAAAGGAUCAGCUGACCAAUUUUCAACAACUGACCAAGCAACUUCAUGUAACUAAUGAGACCACAGAAAUGACUAAUCAACACUUUUUGAAAACAGUAACUGAACAAAAUGUGGAAAUCGAGCAACUCCGAAAACAACUUAGGCAAGCCAAGUUAGAUCUGAGAGUUGCAGCAGCAAAAGUGGAAGAGUUAACUAAAGUGAUGGAAGAUCUUCAAGGACAGAUGCAAAAGAAGGAGGAGGAUAUGGUGUCUGCCCAAGGAAGAGAGGAAGCAUCAGAUAGGCGCUUACAGCAAUUACAAUCCAGUAUAAAACAAUCAGAAACAAGGUUAUGUGUGACAAUCCAAGAAGCUACCCAAUUAAGAGCAGAAAAAAUACAUUUGGAAAAACAGACCAGAGACUUACAAGCAAAGUGCUAUGAAUUAGAAAAUGAGAAAUACGAAGCUAUUGUAAGAGCCAGAAAUAGCAUGCAACUCCUAGAAGAAGCUAACCUUCAAAAAAAUCAGGCUCUGCUUGAGGAGAAGCAAAAAGAAGAAGAUAUAGAGAAAAUGAAAGAAACCGUUUCUCGGCUUGUGCAAGAUGCUGCCAUAAGAACCAGGAAGGAAGUUGCAAACACAAGAAAACAAUAUAAUGUACAGAUUUCUCGACUAACAGAAGAACUUUCAGCCCUUCAAAUGGAGUGUGCUGAAAAACAAGGCCAAAUUGAACGAGGCAUUAGGGAGAAAAAAGCAGUGGAAGAAGAACUAGAAAAGAUUUACCUUGAAGGCAGAAUAAAUGAAAAUGAUUACAGAAAACUAGAAGAAAUGCACCAAAGAUGCCUGGUUGCAGAACGUUCAAAAGAUGAUCUUCAGCUAAGACUUAAGACAGCAGAAAAUAAAAUCAAACAACUUGAAAUAAAUUCCGCGGAAGAGAUAUCACGUUGCCAAGAAAUGAUUCAGAAACUUCAAAAUGUAUUGGAGUCUGAGAGAGAGAACUGUGGAUUUGUCAGUGAACAAAGGCUGAAACUUCAGCAGGAAAAUGAACAGUUACAGAAACAGACUGAGGAUUUAAGAAAGAUUGCUCUCGAGGCUCAAAAAAAAGCCAAAUUAAAGAUCAGUACGAUGGAGCAUGAAUUUUCAAUAAAGGAACAUGGGUUUGAAGUUCAGUUAAGAGAGAUGGAAGACAGUAAUCGAAAUUCCACAGUUGAACUGAGGCAUCUCUUAGCAACUCAGCAGAAGGCAGCCUGUAGGUGGAAAGAAGAAAUGAAGAAACUCACUGAGAGUGCGGAAAUUAGAAUCAGUAGUCUAAAGAUGAGUCACAGCCAUCCCUACCUCUCCAGGAGACUCUCCAAGACGAACAGGAGUGAGCUGAAUCGACAGAAACUUCAUACCCAAGAGCUGCUUUCUCAGCUGGAAAUGGCAAAUGAAAAGGUAGUUGAGAAUGAAAAGUUGAUUCUAGAGCAUCAAGAAAAAUCCAACAGACUUCAGAAACGACUCAGUGAGGCGGAACAGAGAGCUGCUUCAGCCUCCCAGCAGCUCAGUGCGAUUACAGUACAGAGAAGAAAAGCAGCCUCCAUGAUGAAUCUGGAAAAUAUUUAAAAAUAUUCAUAGUUCACUCACAGAACUUUAUACUUGGGAAAGCUGUUGGACUAGAAGUUUAUUAAAAUGGUAAAACCUUCAUAGAAUGGUUAAGGCUUGCGUCGUUUUGCAUAAGCAUUUUCCAUUCUGUUUUGAGGGUUAUUGGAAAACAGAACAGCUUCCUGUAAGUAAAGAAAAGGUAAUCCUAUAUUGAGCUUCAGUAGAGAAUAAAGCCAGCUGGGAAGAACUCAUUGCCUUCAUCAACGUGUCUAUUUUUUAAUUCCUCCUUUUUCCCUUGGAAGAGCGUAACAGUUUUCAAACUAUGCUAAUCAUGAGAAAGAGUUUUAAGAAAUUGCUUGAAUUUUAAUAUUUCAGGUUCCAGAAUUUGAGAAUUUUACAUCUGUUACUCGUAACUCAUUUUUAAAGUUCCCAAGUAUCCGUUUUAUUAUUAACUCACAUGUAAUAAAUUAUGCACUUUCUAAAAUGAUGCUGUCAUGUAUUUU